AUGAAGCUUCUUUCUGUACUCGGGUCUUUGUUGUGUGCGUCCAUAGCCUUCGCUGGGCCAGUCGUGGAGAAGCGUAUACCUGGUCAAGGCUUCGAGAACCCAGAACUCAAUGCAAGAGCUCAAAGCUAUUUCCUCAAUCAAAAGUCAAAGGCAUUUGCUGUCGAGGGUAAAAAGUUCCCAGGGCUCGACUUUGAUAUUGGUGAGAGCUACGCUGGUCUAUUGCCAAUCACAGACGACCCAAAGGAGAAACGAAAGCUCUUCUUCUGGUUCUUCCCGGCAGCCCAGAAGGAUAUCCCACAUGAAGUAACCAUCUGGCUGAAUGGUGGUCCCGGAUGUAGUUCGUUGAUCGGCCUCCUUAGUGAGAACGGUCCGUUUCUAUGGCCAAGUGGCAUGCAGACACCAAUCAAGAACUCGUACUCGUGGACCAAUCUUACCAACAUGCUCUGGGUUGAACAACCCGUAGGCGUUGGGUACGCCCCAGGCCUUCCAACCAUCACCGACGAGGAAGGCUUAGCCAAGCAGUUCCUUGGUUUCUACAAGAACUUUCUCGAUGUGUUUCAGCUAUACAACUGGAAGACUUACCUUACUGGAGAAUCUUACGCCGGAAUGUUUGUCCCAUACAUUGCGCACGCUAUUUUGUCCUCCGAGGACAAGAAACACUUCAACCUUGGCGGUAUCUCAAUCAACAACCCGGUCAUCGGCGAAGAUGCCCUGCAAGAACAAGUUCCUAUAAUGGCAUACGCCAAUCACUACAACAACAUACUAUUCUAUAACGACACCUUCCUGCAGCAACAGGAAAGGCUCCAUAAGGAGUGCGGUUAUACCGAUUACUACAACAAGUACUUCAAAUUUCCACCUCCGAAGGGUCCAUUUCCAGCCGUGCGCGAUCCCUAUGACGUUACCCCAGACGGAAAAUGCGACAUUCAAGGCCACUUCUUCAGUGCUAGCCAAAUUACCAACCCUUGCUUUAGCGUGUACCACAUCACGGAAAUGUGCCCCUUUGCAAGUUCGCAAUUGGGCCCAAUGGACACGGGUUAUGAGCCCCAGCCAGGGGCACAGGUGUACUUCGAUCGAGCCGAUGUCAAGAAGGCGUUGCACGUGGAUCCCAAAACCACGUGGACUAUGUGCUCUGCUGAGGGAGUUUUUAGCGACGGUAACGGCUCAUACGGGUAUGACCAGUCGUACCCACCCGGAGUGAACGGCAUUCUCAAGAGCGUUAUUGAGGCCACCAACAACGUUCUCAUCGGUAAUGGCGAUCUCGACAUGCUUAUCCCUACAAAUGGAACUCUGCUUGCCAUCCAGAACAUGACCUGGAACGGAGUCCAGGGGUUCUCAAAGUACCCUAACAGACCCCUUUUCAUACCUGGUUACAAUGACCAGCACGCCUACUCAGUGGCAGGUAAUUACCUCCAAGGCUAUUGGAUUAAAGAGCGUGGCCUCCUUUUCUACUCUGCCCGUCUCGCCGGUCACCCACUCCCCGGCUCCACAAAAUCUGUCGGCUUCCGCCAGCUGCAGGUUCUGCUCGGACACAUCAAGGACUUUGACAGUCAAGACAAGUUCCCUGAGCCACAGUUUGGUGGUGCUCCUUGUAAUGACAAGCCGGCUUCUGCGCCGGCUCAGAAAUCGCGUAUGCAGAACCAGGUUGAUAGGCUGAGGCUGAGUCGCAAGCCAAGUGCUGGAUUCAAGAAGCAUGAGCUCUAG